CCCCUCCCGGGAGCCGCCGGCUGACGUGCGGAGAAUCCUGCUGGGAAAGCCGGAGGACCCCGGCCCGACCCCUCGAUCCUCGACCCCCGGCCCCGCUCCGAGGUCAGCCCGCUGUGAGGGGUGAUGGCGGUGGGGUGCGCCCGUGUGAGCACGGCCCCGCCGCAGAGGUGAAGCUCGAAACCACCCGGUGUCUUGGAAAUGAAGUAUAAAACUUCCAGUGGGAACACCUGCUCUUAAAGUUAAUCGUUGGGAUUUUACCCGGGCCGAAUAAGUCCAUCAACGAAGAACAAGCUAAUAUUUUUGAAUGCUUUGUCAUAAUUCUUACACAAGCUCGUGACAAGGUUUUUGGGCUCUCUUUACCUGUGGGCAGCCUGCAGAUCCCUGUGUGGCUGAGAUCCCCAGGACAGGACCACAUCCCCGGGAAACAGGGGUGAUACCAGGAGAAAUGAGCCGUACACAACAGGGGUGGUCUGGCUAUCAAUACUGAAAGGAACCUCCCUUAGAUAUCUUUAAUCAUCUCUUCCCCCAUUACCUCAUUAAAAAAAGUAUUGAAGGACUCCUCAUUCUUCUGCAUCCAGGGUGAUUCCUGCGUCCACGGUGCAUUUUGCAUCUGGAAGGGGAGAACCAUGGCGGUGAAUACCUGGAAGCAUCCCCUGGGCAUUCCUCCACCAUCUGAAAAGGACUGGCCAAAGGAAGACGAGGAUUUCUUCCUGCUGGAUCCUGAUCGAAAGCGUGAUGUGCUGCCGCAGCCCUUCAGGAUGAUCAACAAACUGGUGAUGCAGGUUUUUGAGAGUGCUAUGGAAAUCAUUGAAAGAAGGGAGAUGCUCCGAGAAGCACAAAAACUAAAGGUCCAGCCCCAAAAAUGCUUUCCUACAGCUGAAUUCCAGGUAAAUGAAAGAGCCAAUUGCCUUGCAGUGUCUGGAAAAUACGUCUUUGUCGGUCUGUCUGAGGGUCUGGCUGCCUUCAACACACUUGACUUCAAGGAUGUCUGUGCUUGGGAUGCAGCCAAGACAGAGAUCUGUGCCAUCCAUGCCUUGGAUUUGGGGAAUGAGUGCCAUGUCCUGCUUGCUGUGGAUGAAAUGGGGCUUGCCUGGCUCUUCUGCUUUCACAAGGAAAGCUUCCUGCUCGUUAAAAUCCUGAAUGAAGUGGAGGACAUCAGCCAGCGAAGCACUUGUGUGGAGGUGGUGCUGCCCCGAGGAGGUGGUUAUGCAGGAAUCCUGCUGCAAGACAGCACAAAAGCUUGGCUGGAGAUCUACCAAUUGCCUAAGGAUUCCUGGCUGACAGAGAUGGAAAAGAAUGCAGGAGCUGCAGAAGAGCUGGCUUGCAGUGAGAGGAGGUCAAGCUGCUCACCUGAGGAGCUCCCUGUGUCUGCAAUCCAAGCUGACAUAGAGCUGGAUCCCCCUGUGCUGCUGCUGACAGUGAGGCCACCCAAACCCAUAACAGGCACAAGUUUUAAAGACCCUUUGGAUGCCUUGAAGAAAGUGGAUGAUGGCAGCAUGCUUGGCUUGGGGUACAACCACUUAAUCAAGGAUUCCCAGUGGGAGCUGCAGGAAGCAAUCUUCCGUAGCACUUAUCAGGAGUAUCUGGAGGCUGAAGGUGUGGUCAAGGAGGAGACCCCCAGAUAUGCUACCUUCCAUUUCCUCCUUCCUAGUCGGAUCCUGAUGGGACCAGAAAUGGAAUUACAGCCAGACAUUCCAGUUGGCAUCGGUGUGCAUUGGGAUGGAAACCACAAUUUCUGCUUGUACUUACUUAACCAUUCACUCAAGGAGAAAGUGGAUGCAGAUCUGAAACCUGAUGUUGUGUGGCCAUGUGCAGCUCCAAUUGCCUGCUCAGCUGUCAGUUCCUGCUCCAGGUACCUGGCACUGGCUGGUGAAGAUGCAACAAUAACUAUUUGGGAUAAACACCUAGGAUACCCACUGUCUGUGACUGCCAUUCUAGAGGAACGCUUCAUCCGUAGCAUCCACUUUCUGUGUGGUUCUCCAGCUGCCAGUGAUGAGACAGAUCCUGUCUGUUGUGGUGCAGAUCCUGCCUGCUGUGGUGCAGGUCCUGUCUGUCCCAUCAUACAGCUUCUAGUGCUGUGUACAGACAGCUCUUUCUAUUUGGUGAAAGCACCUAUGGCUGGGAAGUCCAGCAUCACACUCCUGGCAGACAGGCCUGAAAAUCCAAAUCUCACUGUCAGUGCAGUGGUGCCUGUCCUGGCCUUCCCCAGUGCAGUCCUGAUCUUCUCCUGGGAUGGCACAGUGUCCCUGAUGAACACGGACACAUCACAGGCUGUUUACUGCUUCUGCACUCCACCUUCUCAUGCUGUAGCACCCCCCUGGCAGCCAGUGUUCACAGUGGAUAGUGUGAACUGCUGCUUGCUGCUCCGAGGAGAUGAGCAGCAGCAGGUAGAUAAUUGGUUCGAGAGCAAAGCCACUCACAGCACCAUCUUCCUUUUUGACUUCAACUCCUACCCACUGAAGGAGGCUUUCCCAAAGAAACCAGAUUUGCCUCCCAAACCCUUGCAGGAACUGCAGUGGUUUGAGAGGUGUAACAUUUUCCUACGUGAUAGGUUUCACUUUCUGCCUGAGAGGCAGCAGAUACUGCUGGAAAUGGAGGAGCAGGAAUACUGGGAUUGUCUGCAGGCACAAGCAGCUGCCAUGGACAAAGAGAGAGAGAAAGUGAAGGGAGGGAAGAAGCAGUAGCCAGCAUUGCAUGCUGAGGGCUGGGCUCAUGAUCCAGCAUCGACAUUUGGAUAGACACUCUAUUGCAAUCAUCUCUGUCUCAGAGACCUGGAGCAUCAGAGCAAUCUGGUAUGUUACAGUAAUACAGUGGACCUUAAUAAAGCCUUUUCUCCAUUAGA